AUGGAGGAAAUCGAUGAGCGGGCCUCGAAAAGACGACGAAUAUCAAGACACGCCGACUCGACCCUUCCUGCUCCGUUCUCGGACUAUAUUGUGCUCGCUCGGGCGAAAUGCACAGAUGUAUCCACCGAUGCGUGGCUUCCCCCUCCAAGAGAUGGCUCGAUUAUGGCAGUCAAUCUGCGGAAUGUGACGCGAUGCGAAGGAGGCUUUGAAAUCGAAUUCGCGGGUGGAAAAUGGGCUCGUGAGAAGCGAUUUUUCACAGAGGACUUGCCGCACGAGGAUCUGCAGAUUUUGGAAGAUGUCAGGAAGCUCGAAUCGGUGGCGAGAUACAAACAUCCUGCGGCGCUGCCGCUUGCCUGCGCCCAUGCCUUCAUCCGACCGGACGGUCAGGAUACCACUUUUGAGGUCUCCAUUCUGUGGCAAGACACAAUCGCCCUGAGGGACAGGGUAGACCCCGCACUGCUUGAUAUUCUCGCCAGGUAUAUGCCGCCGACAAGGCCCAUGCCGUCUCUGUUCGCACCGUGGGAGCCCCGGCAGUUCUACGACAACGUGCAUGUCCCGGAGAAGACAGAAGCCGAUUCUGCCGAACUCAAAAUUCCAGCUCUGGAAUCGACGUUGUUUCCCUUCCAGAGACGUGCUGUUAGAUGGCUUCUUGCACGAGAAGGCGUGGUCGAGCAAUCUGAUGGGAGCUUCGGGCCCGGGAAAGGGCAGCCGACAGAUCAACCUCUGCAGGGGUUCGAGAUGCAUAAUACCUGGUCUGGCGAAAGCUGUCUUGUCAAUCACGCCUUGGGUGUUGCAUCUACAGAUCUGGCCGCUGUCAGGCAACAUUUCGUGGCACCGAAAGGCGGAGUUCUCGCGGAUGAAAUGGGCCUUGGUAAGACUCUGGAGAUCAUUGCUCUAAUGUGUUUGCACCCCAGACCAAUGCAGUCCGUGGAACCCUCCGAUUUGCUACCGUCAUCCGCAACCCUCAUCAUUACGCCUCCGUCGAUCCUCGAACAGUGGAAGAGUGAGAUCCAGGAACAUGCCCCCAGUCUGCGUGUGUACCAUUACCAAGGGUUGAGCAGCUUCAAGAAAUCAGGCGAAUCGUUCCUCGAAAGUCUCGUUGACCAGGACGUAGUCUUGACCACGUACAAUGUCAUCGCAAAAGAGGUGCACUAUGUCUCAGAAAAACCUGAUCGCAACUUGCGGAACAAGAAGAGGCGCGAGAAACCGCCCAAAAGUCCGUUGACGCAGAUUUCCUGGUGGCGUGUGUGUUUGGAUGAAGCGCAGAUGGUAGAAAGUGGUGUAUCUGCGGCGGCCACCGUGGCACGGCUUAUCCCGCGAGACCAUGCGUGGGCUGUCACAGGCACUCCGCUGCGGAAGGGCCACCGAGAUUUGUUUGGCUUGUUGCUGUUCCUCCGAUAUGCUCCGUGGUGUCGAUCGCCUCGGCUAUGGGAUCAUCUCGUCACAUACUACCGAUCGAUGUUACGAGACAUGCUUGGGGAAGUCGUGAUGAGACAUUCGAAAGACUUUGUGCGGGAAGACCUACGGCUACCGCCCCAGAACCGUCACACCAUUACCAUCCCUUUUACCCCUAUCGAAGAACAGCACUAUACCCAGCUAUUCCAAGACCUUUGUGAAGACCUGGAUCUCGAUCGCACAGGUGCGCCUCUCACGGACGAAUGGGAUCCAGAAUCGCCUGCGGUGGUUGAAAAGAUGCGGACUUGGCUGACCCGACUUCGCCAAACCUGCUUGCACCCCGAAGUCGGCGGGCGCAACAGGCGCGCGUUAGGGCGAAAGACAGACGGACCUCUUCGCACAGUCGAGGAAGUGCUGGACGUGAUGAUCGAUCAGCACGAAGGUCAACUGCGUACGGCACAACGCGCUCGUCUCAUGGCAAAGUUGAGGAGAGGACAACUCAAAGAAAACGCCAAGGCAAGUCAAGAGGCGAUCAAGAUUUUUCAAGAAGCCUACCACGAAUCCCGCGUCGUGGUACAGGAAUGUGGUAAACAGUUUGAUCAGGCUCGUCUGUCUUUGGGUGUCACCAAGGAGCAAGGGAUCGUCAGUAAGGACAAGGAAGGCGACGAAGAGACAAAUCUCCGCUUAUCGACUCUGAAUGCUCGAUUGCGGUCCGCCCUGGAAAUGCACCACACUGCCUGUUUCUUCAUGGCGAAUGUAUUCUUCCAGCUCAAGUCAGUUCAUCCCCCGGAGAGUGACCUAUUUCAGCACAUCGAGGAAAAGGAAACAGCGGCAUACGAGAAGGCAAAGUCAAUCCGUGGCGAGUUGUUGAAAGGGGUCACCCGGCAUGUGAACAAAUUGGUGACAACGGUCAGAGCGAAUCUUGCUGACGGAUCCACCCAAAUCCCCAUGAUGGAAGCGCCGACAGGCUUCGGCGGCAUCGAGAGCAAGAAGAUUUUCGAAAAGCUUCACUUCUUUUGUGAAGCCAUGAAUGCUCAAGCAGAACAGUUCCAUGAACUCCAGAAAAAGAUGGCAGACUUUUUGAGCCAAGCACUCAUUGAUGAGGACGAGGGUGUCGAACUGCAAGGUGACGAGUACGAGAGCUCGACGAAGCAUCAAGACGAGAUGUACGCGAUCAUGGAAGCCCUCAGAGCUUUGCUGGCCGACCGCAAUGAGGCCAUCAGUGGUCAGGAGAACAUGCUCAUCAAACAGGAGAUGAAGCAAUUCCUGCGUGUCGCAAAGGAAGGCGAAGGUCCGGCUCCCGACGUGAUGCUUCGGCUUCUGGCGGAACGUGAACAAAAACGUGUAAAAGUCAGUGAGUUUGGUAGCCUGAGGGGCAUCAUCGCCCAGCUGAGACAAAUGGUCUCGUCUUUGCAGUGGCAGGAAGGCAACAACCAGAGCCGUGCGAGCCACGAGCUGGUCAUCCUGGAGCGACUCCUGAAACACAUGCAGCAACUCGGCGCGGCACAGGUCAAGGCUCUGACGACUCUCGAACAGGAUGUCAAUCACUUCCGAGACACGAUGAACAGCCGGCUGGAGUAUUACCGAGCACUGCAAAAGCUAUCUGACCAGGUUGCCCCCUACCAAGAGGACUCGAUCGGACAGCUGCUUGAUGACCGACUCUAUCAGAGCUUCCUUGUCGAUGAGACGAGGCUACAGCAGAAGAUUGACUCCAUAUCGGCCAAACUCCGGUACCUGGUCCACAUGAAGACGGACGACUCGAAGUCCACGGCACCCAGAGUCUGCCUGAUCUGCACCGACCAAUUCGAAGUCGGGGCAAUGACCUCCUGCGGCCACAGCUUUUGCAAGGAGUGCGUCAUGCUGUGGUAUAGCCAACACCACAACUGUCCAGUGUGUAAGACCAGGUUGCCUCCCAAUGGGUUUUACGACAUCACAUACAAACCUGCCGAAAUUGCGGUACAGGCCGAGUCUCCUUCUACCUCCACCACUUCGUCGCCAGGCUCACGCUCUGAACGCCACCACGACCAAUCAAUCUAUUCCGACAUCAGUACGACGAUGUUGAACCAGAUCAAAAAUGUCGAUAUCCGAGGCCCCAGCUACGGCAGCAAGAUCGACUUUCUCUGUCGCCAUCUGAUGUGGCUUCGCGAGCAUGAUCCCGGGUCCAAGUCGAUCAUCUUCUCGCAAUACCGGGAAUUCAUCGACGUCAUCGCUCUCGCGUUCCAAGCCGUCAACAUUUCGUGCACCCGCAUCGAUGUGAAAAAUGGCACCGAGAAGUUCAAAUCCGACCCAUCCAUCGAGUGUUUCCUGCUCCACGCGAAAGCGCACUCGACGGGGUUGAAUUUGGUUAUUGCAAACCACGUCUUUCUCUGCGAACCGCUGAUCAACACGGCGAUCGAACUGCAGGCGAUAGCCCGCGUGCACAGAAUCGGCCAACACCGCUCGACAAACGUGUGGAUGUACCUGGUCGCCGACACGGUCGAGGAGUCCAUCUACGACAUCAGCGUCACGAGGCGAUUGGCUCAUAUGCGAAGUAACAGCAGCAGUAGCGGAGAGGACGCCAACGCCAAAGGUAAAGGCAAGAGCAAGAGUAAAUCGACCACCACGGCGUCGGUGUCGGCGUCGAUUUCGGGAACGAACACCCCUCUUCGCUCAGACAAUAAAGCCCUUCAGGAAAACGAAAACGCCAUCGACGCCGCCAAUUCCAUGGAAUUGCAAGCCGCGGACCUCAGCCGCCUGCUCACGGCCGGCAAGUCCGGCGGGGAGAUGGUCGACAAGGAAGACCUCUGGGGAUGCUUGUUCGGACGGAUCAGCGCGCGCCGGGAUGGAGGUUCGGCCACAGGCUUGGGUGCCCUAGUAGAAAGCCAGCCUGCGAAUACCGAGGUCGCGAGGUUUUUAAGGGCAGAGGCGGCGAGCGAGAGGGCCGGGCAGUCGGGUUGA